CACAUCCAGAAGGCAGCCAGGCUUUGUGUGUUUGCCUGUGGACAGCACGGUUCUUGAGGACUGGAAAACAUUGGACUCAAUCAGGUCCAGAAAUGUCCUUGGUGUGUUUGACAGACUUUGAGACGCUCGCUCGACAGCGGCUGUCUAAGACAACUUGGGAUUAUAUUGAAGGCGGUGCUGAUGAAGGCAUCACCCGGGAUGACAACGUCGCAGCAUUUAAAAGAUUCCGCCUCCGUCCACGGUAUCUGAGAGAUGUGUCGGAGGUGGACACCAGGACCACAAUCCAAGGGGAAGAGAUCAGUGCCCCGAUUUGCAUCGCACCCUCUGGUUUCCACCGCAUCGCCUGGCCCGAUGGAGAAAUGAGCACAGCCAGAGCUGCCCAAGCCGCUGGCACCUGCUACAUCACCAGCACAUAUGCCAGCUGCACCCUGGAAGACAUUGUAGCUGCUGCCCCAAGAGGCCUCCGAUGGUUCCAGCUCUACGUGCAGACCAACUGGGAGCUAAAUAAACAGCUGAUCCAGAGGGCAGAAUCCCUGGGUUUUCAAGCCUUGGUAAUCACUGUGGAUGUACCUGUGCCUGGCAAAAGGCGAAAUGACAUUCGAAACCAAGUGGAUUUGAAGUUGAACUUGAUGCUAAAGGACCUUCGAUCACCAGAAGAGAAGAAUUUCAUACCUGACAUACAGCUGUCUUCCAUAAACUCAUCUUUCUGCUGGAAUGAUCUCUCCUGGUUCCAGAGCAUAACUCAGUUGCCCAUCAUCCUGAAAGGGAUUCUGACAAAAGAGGACGCCGAAUUAGCCGUGAAACACAAAGUCCAAGGCAUCAUUGUCUCCAACCACGGUGGAAGGCAGUUAGAUGAAGUUCCUGCUUCAAUCGAUGCUUUGAUGGAAGUGGUAACUGCUGUAAAAGGGAAAAUUGAAGUGUACAUGGAUGGUGGGGUUCGAACUGGCAAUGAUGUGCUGAAAACUCUGGCCCUUGGGGCCAAGUGCAUUUUUCUUGGAAGACCAAUCCUAUGGGGUCUGGCUUGCAAGGGUGAAUGUGGCGUUGAGGAAGUUUUGAACAUUUUAAAAACUGAGUUCCACACUUCCAUGGUCCUUGCAGGCUGCCGGUCAGUUGCUGAGAUCAAUUGGGAUCUGAUCCAGUUCUCCAGAUUAUAAGGAACUACUAUGAUUGUCCACUGGAUAAGACAAACUCACAGCAUAGUGUGUAGUGCUUUCCUGCCUGGGGCCAAUCCUACGCAGUAGCUCAGACUCUGGACACUCAAACCCUCCGGUACUUGCAGACCUUAAAUCCUUAAUUUUCCUCAAAUGCACCAUACCUUUAUUUACCUUACCACCUUUUAUAUGUUGUUCUUUUCUGUAAAAUUCUCCUCUGAACUAAAAAUACUGAAAUGGCAGAUAAGCUGAGAUUGCAAAAGUUAGUAUGUUAUAUUUUUUGUGUAUCCUAAAUAACUAUGGGCUUUGUGUUCUGGACAGAAAAGCUAUACAUAUAUAAAAUAUCUGACAACAAAAACCAUACUCCUAUCUACAGAUAAUAGGGAAUUCACCAGUUUAUCCCACACAACAAAGAGCUGAUCCAGGGAAUGUUAAUGUGGGAAACACCAAAAAA